AUGGACAUGGAGUCUAACAAGCUUUGGCCAACUUUUUGCAUUUUUUGUGCUUUUACGAUUGGAGGAGGAACUUUAAGCUUGCCUGAUUCAUCUUCAAAAGUCGGAAUCAUUCCAAGUUUGGUCACAUUUUUUUUAAUUGCAGGCACAUUUUACAUCAUAUAUUUUUCAUUUAUAUAUGCUUGUGAAGAGACUUCGAAUCUCAACUAUGGAGGAUGCAUCAAUUCCUAUUAUAAUAGCAAAGUUGCAAAAUUAGCUCUGAUCACCAUGCUUUUUCAUUGUAUGAUUCUUAUAUGCAAUCAUCAAGUAAGAAUAAUUUCAUUAAUCAGGUUCGAUCUCACUUGGGUAGGAAUUUUAGAUGCCAAAAAUUACGAGAGUGAUGACUUUUUUCUUUUAGACAAAUAUAUUAUCUUGAUUAUAAUCAGCAUCCCUCUAAUUCUUUUUGGAAAAUUAGAAAUGAUGUUUAGCCUAAAAUACUUCCCAGUAUUUUCCAUCGUUGUAUGGGUUUAUUUAAUAUUACUAACUGUUUAUGUCAUAGCAGAUGGGAAAACUGAACCAAAAAUUGUUUGAUUUAGCAGCCAAUGAAAUGACCUUGGGCAGUUAGAGAUUGUUUGAAACUCUGUUGAUGCUUUUGCUGCAAUUCAGUGCCUUCCAAGAGUGCAUAAGGAGUGCAACGACCCUUAUAUUAUCAGAGAAGCUGUUAGAUUAGUGCUAUUUACCGUUCUCAUUUUGUUUUCUGUGACCGCACUCUUAGGAUCUAUUUUUUAUGUUGGGAGUAUUGAUAAUUUGCAAUUAAUUUACUUCGGCAUUUCAAAAGAAAAUCUUUCUGAACAAUUUAGUAUAACUAUGGCGAUUGGGAUUUUUGGUAUUGCAAUAUCAUUAAUAUUUUCUACUUUAUUGCUGCUACAUAUAGCGAAAUUAUGCUGGGUGCAAAUAAUUCACGGGAUUUCCUUUGACAAUGAAAAAGUAAAUCAUGAUAAAAUUUCCUUUUGGUUGGUUGGAUUCGUGAUAUUAAUUUUCAUUGUAUGCUCAAAUAUUCUAAACCAAAUAAAAUACUCAAUGCAAAUAUCGAAUCUUGUAAUCUGUCUCAUUUUCCCCCUUUUAAUAUAUCUGAAGAUGGGUGAUCCUGGAGUCCACAAAAUUAUUUUUGGGGUCUGGAUUAGUUUUCUAAGUAUCAUUGAAAUAAUCGGUUUAUUUUAUUAA